AUGGAGUUUCAAAAUUGUAUUAUUUCUCCUAUUAUUAACAAUGAGAAACCUGAUUCAGAAAUUAUUACUCCUAUUAUUAACAAUGAGAAACCUGAUUCAGAAAUUAUUACUCCUAUUAUUAACAAUGAGAAACCUGAUUCAGGAACACAACCCAAUAAGCGGCAGAAAAAGAAGUCUAUUGUGUGGGAUUACUUCACGGUCGAACCUGUUGUAGCUGGAUGUGCCAGAGCUUACUGUAAACUGUGCAACAAAUCGUUUUCUUAUAUAACGAAUUUAAAAGUAGCUGGCACAAGUAAUUUGAAGAAGCACAUUUCUUUGGGAAUUUGUCAAGUAAUGCAGCAGAAAAGUCAGCAAGCAAACUCACAUCUUGUAAAUGAAGUAAUGCAGCAGAAAAGUCAACAACCAAACUCACAUCCUGUAAAUGGUGUAAAUGGUGGUUUGCAGGUUAAUGGCAUUCUACCAAACUCACAUCCCGUUAAUGGUGUAAAUGGUGGUUUGCAGGUUAAUGGCAUUCUACCAAACUCACAUCCCGUUAAUGGUGUAAAUGGUGGUUUGCAGGUUAAUGGCAUUCUACCAAAGAAAAGGCAAAGAACUACACCUACCUAUGCUGGUAAAGGUGUCUCAUUUGACCAGGAGCGUUGCAACAAUGACAUUGCUAAAAUGGUAAUCUUACAUGAUUAUCCUCUUGAUAUUGUGGAACAACCCGGUUUCAUUGCUUUUGCACAGACUCUUCAACCCCAGUUCAAUCCAUUGCGUUUGAAUUCUUUUGAAGGGUAUUGUCUUUCUAUGUACCUCAAAGAGAAGCAAACUUUAUUAGAUCUUAUUAACGGGAUUCCUGGACGACUCAACCUGACAUUGGACAUGUGGUCAUCAAACCAGACAACAGGGUAUGUUAUUAUUAGAGGACACUUCGUUGAUAGUGAUUCCAACUUACAUCAUCCUAUUCUCAAUGUUGUUACAGUGCCGUUUCUUGAUUCUGAUGAACUCAUAAACCAAUCUAUAAUGACCUGUUUAUCUGAUUGGCAUUUGGAGGGUCGGGUACUUACCCUUGCACUCGAUAAGUUUUUCUCAAGUGAGACCGUCAAGGUAAAUUUGCGAAGCCAUCUAUCUAUUAAUAACCCUGUGGUUCUCAGUGGUCAGUUAUUAAACCGGAAUUGUUAUGCCCGUGUUCUCAGUCGCUUUGCAGUUGAUGCACUACAGGCAAUGAGUGAAACUAUUAGCAAAGUUCGGGAGUAUGUUAAAUUUGUGAAACAUUCUGAAUCUCACGAAGAGAAGUUUAUUGAGCUUAAGCAACAACUACAGGUACCUAGUUUGGUGAACCUAUUGAUUGAUGACAAUUAUAAAUGGGAUACAACAUACCAUAUGCUUGUAGCUGCCUGGGAAUUAAAGGAAGUCUUUGCUUGCUUGGAUACUUCUUGUCCUGAUUUCACAAUGACUCUAACUAUGGAUGACUGGAAGCAGAUUAAAACUCUUUGCACGUAUUUGAAACAUUUGUACGAUGCAGCUCGCAUUUUAACUACUCGACCAUAUCCAACUGCAAACUUAUUUUUUGCCGAAGUGUCGAAACUUCAUAUGGAGUUGACUAUUGCAGCCUUCAGCCAGGAUCUUUUUCUCAGUAAUUUGAUUUUGCCCUUGCUCCAGAACUUUGAUCAAUAUUGGAGAGAUAGCUGUCUCAUCUUGGCAGUUGCUGUAGCCAUGGAUCCACGGCAUAAAAUGAAACUUGUGGAAACCACAUUUUCUAAUAUAUUUGGAGAGAAUGCUGAGCCGUGGAUAAGGAUAGUCGAGGAUGGCCUUCAUGAACUAUUCAUUGAAUAUAACACUGAAAUGCUUCAUUUUGCCGCAACAAAUGGUGGUGGAGAAGGGGAUGAGGUUAUGCUAACAGUAGAGCCAUAUGAAGGGCCGGUUGAUGGUUCUCUUUUUGUUGAUGAAGGUGAAUUUUCCGACUUUGAGUUUUGUGUAUCUGAUAUGGCUUGUUUGCAGCCAUAUAAGUCAGAAUUGGACGAGUAUUUGGAAGAGCCUCAACUGUCUGAAGCAACAGAAUUUGAUAUUCUGAAUUGGUGGAGGUUAAAUCAAUCGAAAUAUCCAACAUUGUCUAGAAUGGCAUCUGAUAUCUUGUCUAUGUCAAUAUCUACUGUGUCUCCUGAUUCUGUUUUUGACACAGGAGUCAGAAAAAUGGAUAAUCACCGAAGUUCGCUAGAAUCCCAUACACUCGAAGCCCUUAUUUGUGCCAAGGAUUGGUUGCAACAUAAAUCUUUACCCAAAAAUGUUUCAAAUACACUUGAGACAACAAAACUUCAGAGAUAG